AUGGGCCUUUCUGCAAAAGAUGCCCUCCACCUCAAGGAGGCUCUGCAAAUAGCGGCCGUCAAGUGUUCCGAGCGGUGUCUUUAUCAAUCGGCAAAAUGGGCGGCAGAGCUCCUCGAUGCUCUCCCAGACGUUCCUGCGGCCGAACUGGGCCAGGUAGCGUCGAGCAUGCCAGGAUCCCAGGUGCAUCCCGCCUUUGCGCCCAAUGCCGACCCCCUCGAGGCCGCUCUCGAGGCUAAGGAGUUAAACAAGUACCUGCUAGCCAAGACAUUUUUCGACUGCAAAGAGUUCGAUCGAUGCGCCGCCGUCUUCUUGCCGGAGUCUCUCCUAGCCGGCCUGCUCUCGGCGAAGGCGAAUGACACAACCUCUCCGAGGGGCAAGGGCAAAGCUACCGCCGCCCCGUCAGCGGAGCAGUCGCUUCCUGCCAUCAGCCAGAAGAGCCUGUUCUUGGCGCUCUAUGCGAAGGUCAUCUCCGGAGAGAAGCGCAAAGACGAAGACUCGGAGAUGAUCAUGGGGCCUCAAGAUCUCGGCUCUGUAGUAAACAAGCAGCUGCUCGUCGUCACUCGCUUCCUUGAGAGGUGGCUUGCGGAACGCAAGGCUGAAGACUGCGAGCUGUCAGCAAGCCAAGGUUUCCUCGAGUAUCUCUACGGUAUGGUCUUGGUGAAGGAGAAGAACGAUAGCGUCGCCCUGGAUUACCUCAUGCAGAGUGUUCACCUCUUUCCGUGGAACUGGGGAUGCUGGUUAGAGAUCGCGAACCUCAUUGCAAGAGUUGAGCAUCUUAAUAAAAUUGCACCGCACCUCCCCCAAAACAUCAUGUCCUUUAUCUUCCACGCAAAUACGGCGGUAAAUCUCUAUCAACAGGGGCAAGACCUCGCCGCAUCCUUGAACGAUCUUCUGGGAAUAUUCCCGACGUCCUCAUUCCUGCUAACGUGCAAAGCCCUGCUCAACUACCACAUGAAGGACUUACUAGCCGCCGAGCAAGACUUUAGCAACUUGCUGGCACUUCACCCACAUCGACUAGAUUCUCUGGAUCAUUAUUCCAACAUCUUGUACGUUCUGAACCUUCGGCCAAAGCUGGCAUUUUUGGCCCACCUCUGUUCGAGCAUCGACAAAUUCAGGCCGGAAUCCUGCGUGGUGAUCGGAAACUACUACUCGUUACUGUCGCUUCACGAGAACGCCGUCCAAUACUUUCGCCGGGCCCUCACCCUAGAUCGUUCGUGUCUGUCAGCCUGGACGCUCAUGGGGCACGAAUACGUGGAGCUCAAAAACACACACGCAGCAAUCGAAUCAUAUCGCCGAGCUGUGGACGUCAACCGCCGGGAUUAUCGUGCCUGGUAUGGAUUGGGGCAGACUUACGAGGUUUUGGAGAUGCAUGCAUAUGCUCUUUGGUAUUACAAAAAGGCCGCCGGCCUUCGUCCUUGGGAUGGAAAGAUGUGGCAGGCUGUUGGCUCUUGCCUGCAGAAGAUGGGACGUGAUCGAGACGGCAUCAAGGCGCUCAAGAGAGCUCUUCUCGCCGACAGCUACUACGACUCAACAUCCAGCAGCUUCGGCAGUGCAGGCGCUGUUGAUCGCAUGGCCCAGAUGGACCCAGAGGUCCUGCUCCAGAUUGCGAUCAUGUACGACCGUCUCGACGAAGAGGACGAGGCCAAGGCGUACAUGGAGCUUUGCGUAGCGCAGGAAGAUGGAGGUCUGGGCGACUCGGUUGCGAUCCAUCGCGACUCUUCCGGCGUUGCGUCAGAUGGAGAAGCAGAAGCGACCGAGAGAGGCGGCGGGGGCGAAGGUACUGGUGUGACCGUCGCGACCAGCAAAGCACGCAUGUGGCUUGCAAAGAACGCAAUGAGAACCGAGGACUACGUGACAGCAAACCGGCUGGCAACAGAACUAUGCCAGGAUGGCGUCGAGGUCGAGGAAGCCAAGGCGCUCAUCCGUGAGGCUCGUUCAAGAAUGGAGCUUGCCAACAUGGUGGACCGCUAG